CCUUAUGCCAAAGAGAACAUCAAAAUGCUAUCAACGUGCUCUGAUGAUAUCUUCGGGUUUGUAACGUUGUUUGUGAUGCAAAGGUUCACUGGCUCUGUAAGUUUGUGUUGGCGGGGCCCUGUUUAUCACCUGAAGUGAAUGCUGCACCACGCAAUGCCUGCUCCAUCGUUGAAUUGAUCGAGUAGCACGCCUGCCGUUGCCAAAGCAUAUCAGGAACCCUGCAUUCCAUCAGACCACGAGAAUGGCCGACCCAGAUGCGAAGGAUAACGCCGCCAAAAGCCGUAUUGUCACGCACAUGAAUGAGGACCACCACAACUCGAUCGUACGCUAUUUGGAACAUUACCACAAGCUCUACUCAUGGCAAGCAUAUGAUGCGAGGAUGUCUGGCGUCGAUCUCAGUGGCAUGACCUUCGUAUGUCGUGGCCAUACGUACCGCAUCCCGUUUCAACCACCAUUGGCUUCUUACAAAGACGCACGGGAACGCGUAGUCCAGAUGGACAAGGACGCGCUUCGUGGUCUUGGACGCUCCGAUGUUGCCAUAAAGGAAUUCUUGCCACCAACGGGCUUCUACCUGGUCAACUUCAUCGCGGUGAGCGCUACCAUGGUCGCUUACAGUCAACGUUGGUGGUUCGCCAAAGGUCACAUCGUUGAGCGCAUAAUUGGUUCUGGGUUUGCCAGGUUCUCAUGGACUAUCCAGCCCUACCUUAUCGGCGCGAUGCUCGCUAUACACCUGACUGAGAUGCUAUACUUUAUGACAUUCACUCUGCCGAAGCAUUCCGUCAACCCGCGUACAUCAACCUUCUGGAAGUGGGCCGCGGUCGUCUUCGUUGAGGGGGUCGGUGCACAGACACGCUUCGCAAAUCUGGUGAAGGUCAAGCAAGAGGCAAAGGCGAAGCAGCAGCACUGAGCCAGUCAGGCCUGCAUACGAAUAGUAGAGGCUCACUCCGCAUACACACCA